AUGAGCCAGCAACGAAAAAAAAAAAUUUCUAAAAAACGCAAGAAAGUGAAACAAAAUUCGGAAAGCUCUACUUUUGAAGAAGAUUUUGCUUCAAUAGUAAAGAAUGAUAAUUGGGUUAUCAAAAAAGACUUUUCUCCGAGUUUAUUGAAAUUGCACGAACAACUUGAAAAAAAAUAUCGAGAUAUGAUUAAACUUAGAAAUCGCUGGAAAGAUAAAUUAAAUGGUUCGGUAGAACUUCGAUCACAUCCAAGCUAUGGAUUCAUAGUUGCUAUCAAGAAAGUUCGGAAUAAUAAGGAUGUCGAACGCAUACUAAAUGCAACCCGUAUUCAUCAUUUUAAGCAUAGAAAAUGGUUCAUUAUCCAGAAAUGGACACAUCUUGGUGGACAAAUCGAAGAUAUUAAAAUAAUGAUACGAGAAGAAGAAACGAAAGUCUUACAAUUAAUUCAGAAAAAGAUUGUAGAAGAAUGGUACUUGACUGUACAAAAUUCGAGAGUAGUUGAUGAAUUGGACAUAGCGAGUUCACUUGCUGUUUUAGCACGAGAGCAGAAUUUUGUGCGGCCUAUCCUAAAUUAUGGCCAUUCUCAUAAAAUUGUGGCCGGCCGUCAUCCUGUAGUAGAAGCAGGACUCCAAUCAAAAGGACGUCAAUUUGUAAAGAAUGAUUGUUAUGUUGGAUCUUUCGUUCCAGCUGAUUAUGCUGAAAUUGGCAUAGUUGAUCAAAUAUUAAGUAGAGUUGGUGCUUCGGAUAAUUUAUAUCAAGAUCAAUCAACAUUUAUGGUUGAAAUGAUUGAAACUGCACAUAUUCUAAAGAAUGCAACACCAAGAUCUUUUGUUAUUAUGGAUGAAAUUGGUCGUGGAACAGCUACUUUAGAUGGAAUUGCAAUUUCAUUUGCAACAUUAUAUCAAUUACAUUAUAUAAACCGUUGUAGAACUUUGUUCGCCACUCAUUUUCAUGAACUGCCAAACCUAAUGGUAAAUUUUGAGAAUGCUGCAUGUUAUUGUACUGAUAUUCAAGAAGAUGAGGAUGGAGGUUUUUAUUAUCUUCAUCAAAUAAAGGAGGGUGUAAAUCGAAAUUCUGCGGCGUUGAAGGCGGCACAACUUGCAGGGGUUCCACCGUCAGUAUUAUUGGUUGCUAAAAAUACCUUAAAAUAUUUACAAGAACAUUCAAAACCCAUUAAUUUGGAUCCAUAUUUUCAAUCUGAAAUCGAAAAGUCUAUUCAUAGUGAAUUAACAAAG